GAAUGGGGUGCCAGUCGUUUCAUUGAAUUAUCAGAUAUGGCUAUGAUAAUGCUAGAUUUCACUUAUAAUGGAACAGAUUUUACUUAUGGUUUUCUUUCAACGCCUCCAAAUAUUUGUGGAAUGGAGGCAGUUGUUGCUUUUAGGUUUCUUCAAGUAAUAAUUUAUGUUGGUGCUCUUGUCUCUGUUCUUUAUUUUUAUGGAAUUAUUCAAGCAGUCCUAAAAAGAUUAGCUUGGUUAAUGCAAUUUACUAUGGGGACAACAGCCACAGAAUCUUUAAAUGCUUGUGGUUGUGUUCUUUUAGGAAAUGUAUUUCUCUUAAUUAAAAAUAUUUAUAAACUACCUACGUAUAUAUUUAAGGCUGAAUCUCCAAUGCUUAUUCGUCCUUAUAUAGAAAAAAUGACUAAUUCUGAAUUACAUGCAAUCAUGACUACAGGGUUUUCAUGUAUUGCCGGUUCUGUUUUUGCUGUAUUUAUUAGUUUUGGUGCUUGUCCUCGUUAUUUACUCUCAGCUGCGGUAAUGGGCGCCCCAGGCUCUUUAGCUUGCUCAAAACUUCUCUAUCCAGAAACUGAGGAAUCUAUAACUAAAGGAGUUGAUGAUUUGGAUUUACCGCCGAGUAAAGAAAGGAAUGCAAUGGAAUGUGUUGCUUCCGGUUCUUUAGAAGCCGUUCAUUUAGUCACUGCAGUACUUGCUAGUCUAAUUUCUUUUGUAGCCAUUAUGGCUCUUUUAAGUGGGAUAAUUGAUUAUGCCGGCACUUUAAUUGGUCAUCCAGGGUGGAGUUUGGAGAUGUUAUUUGGAUAUGCCUUUUUCCCUAUUGCCUACUUAAUUGGAGUAACAGAAUUUGAACAAGCCUUGCCUCGUUCUGCAAUGAUUGCAACUUAUGCUUUAUGUAGCUUUAGUAAUUUUAUUGCUGCUGGUGUACAAAUGUCAGUACUUGGUGGAAUGUCUCCCCAAAAGAAACCUUUAAUCUCUAAAUUAAUUAUGCGUGCUUUAAUGGCUGGUUGUAUUUCUUGUUUUGUUUCUGCUUGUAUUGCUGGUAUUUUAAUAGAAGAUCCCAUACUUUGCCAAAGAACAUAUGGCACAAAUUCUGGUAAAUGUUUUGAUAUAAAUGAACACCAAAGAUUUAUGGAAGAAAUUAUUAAACAGAGAAAUAUUACUGGAAAUAUUAUUUAA